GCGAGAUACCCUGAUGUCUCCUCAAGCCAAACUUCGCAUCAUUCUUCAGGACCAUGAAAUUCGCAAACUGGACUUACCCCAUGGAAUCCCUGAUACUGUGGAUGAACUUGAGUCUAUUGUGAGAGAGAAAUUUGCACUUGAUGGGAACUUUACCUUGCAUUAUAAGGAUGCUGACUUUGGAGAGGAAUAUUUUUCUCUUACCUCAAUAAGUGACAUCAAGGACAAGGAUACCAUUAAGGUGGUUCCCAUUGUUGAGGCUCCUACUGUUACUCUAACCUUUUCUGAUGUUGACAGUUCCUUUGAGAGUACAUCAGUAACCUCACUUCCUAAUUCAGAGAUCUCUGUCCAUCCUGCUAGCAGCGCCUGCUCUUCUGGAUCACAAGACACACUGAUUCUUUCAUCACCUGAACAUGUAACUCGACGUACACAGCGUUGGCCCACUGAAUUUCCAGUACCUAAUUUUGCAUAUGACACGGAGCUUGUGCUGGCCUCAGGAAAUGAAAAUUUCAAGAACGAUGGAAUUCAGCUCAACUUUGCCACAAUCCUUACAGACAUCCUUGAGAAACUGGCUGAAAGCAUCUUUCUGUAUGUUGCCUACCCCACAAGUGUGCAGUUAGCCGAUGUUGCUGAGGCACUAAUUCAGAAACAUCCUUGCCUUAAAGAACCAGGGUCAUAUAAUGGAUGCUACGCAUGGCAACAAAGAUUGAAAUAUAAAAUGGCCAGCUAUAGAUCUAAAUUGAGAGGGCUUGGAUGUCCUGAGCUUGACGUGAACUCUCUCAAAAAGAAGCGAGCACAUGAGAAAGCACCCGCAAAGAAUAUCAAAAAGCCAAAAAGGGCAGAGGUGAACUAUUUACCUCCUCACCCACAAGGAGAAUCGGAAGGAACUUUGGAAAAUGUAAGAUUGGAGCUCCUUGAUGAAGUAAAGAAGAGGAGCAACUGCCUGGUCAUCAGUGACAAAAUGGCAAAGACAUUCUCCAUUCGCAGGCAGGAAGUUGUCAUUCAAGCACCAUCAAUCAGUGACUUGAGAGACCGAUGGCCUGGUCUUUUCGAUGCAACUCAGAUAAAUGAAGAAUUCAGAAGGCUCACCACUGUUGGCCUUGAGACAACAUUCAUGGCAAAACUGGACCAGUAUACCCCGAAAAUAAUGACACUGGUGUCCUCAAGAAGAGGAGCUGCAAAAAUGAAGAUUCAGCACAUAAAGAAAAUGCUGCUAGAGGAACCAUCUGUAGAAAGGAGGAGAGAAGCUGCAAUCCGUAGCUUAAUUGUGUACCUGAGAGAACAGGAACAGGAUCUCUUCAAAGAACAGUUGGAUGGUGAUGAAGUCGUGAAGAUUGUUGUGAGCAGAGAGUCAUCUGAACCAGCCAAUGCAACAGUGGUGAUUGAGGGAGAAGUCCUGGAUGGCCUGACUGUCCCAAGAGCAUGUGCCUUGCUCAUGGGACUUAUGUAUGCACUCAACCUGUGCUAUCCAAAAGAACUAAAAAGCACUUUUGAGGCAUUUCAAAAGAUAUUCCUUGAGCUGGAUGCUCUGAGAGCUAGUCCCAAGGUAAUGUCUCUUAAAAGUAAACUGCUGUACUAAAAAUUAGGCUGCACUCUAUUUCUGUAAAUGUUGGACUGUUAUAUUUAUGUUCGUUCUUGGUACAACAUACAGCACCUGUAUUUGCCAGUGGGUUAUUGA